AUGGCUAAUCUUCAAGAUAUUGCAACAUCAGCUUACAUCAAUCUCAUAUCCGUAUUGGCAUUUCUUAUGGGCUUUGCAAUUUUACGGCUCCAACCAGCUAACGAUAGAGUUUACUUUGCAAAAUGGUAUAAAGAGGGAAAAAGAUCAAGCCCCAAAAGCUUAGGGACUUCAUGGAGGAAAUUCAUCAAUCUAGAUUUCAGAACUUAUUUAAUGUUUUGGAAUUGGAUGCCUGAAGCUUUGAGAAUGCCAGAACAUGAGCUGAUAGACCAUGCAGGACUUGAUUCUGUCGCAUAUAUGAGAAUUUACCUUCUCGGAUUGAAAGUCUUUGUCCCUAUGUCAAUACUUGCUUUUGCAGUAUUGGUCCCUGUGAACAUGACCAGUGAAACAUUAGACAGCAUAUCUGAUUUGACAUACAGUGAUAUUGACAAGCUUUCGAUAUCAAAUGUUCCUUCAGGAUCCUUAAGGUUAUUAGCCCACAUAAUAAUGGCAUAUGUGGUCACAUUUUGGACAUGCUAUGUCCUACACAAAGAAUACAAGUUCAUAGCUACAAAGAGGUUGCAAUACAUAGCUUCUGCAAAGCGCCGGCCUGACCAAUUCACUGUCCUUGUGCGAAAUAUUCCACUGGAUGAGGAUGAAUCAGUCAGCGAACUCGUGGAGCAUUUCUUUUGUGUAAAUCAUUCUGAUCAUUAUCUCACACAUCAGGUCGUAUAUAAUGCGAACAGACUUGCGAAAUUGGUGUCAAGGAAGAAGAGAUUGAGGAAUUGGCUCACUUACUAUGAGACACUGUUGGAGAGAAACCCUAGGAAGAGACCAAGAAUAAAGACAGGUUUUUGGGGCCUUUUUGGAAAGUGCGUGGAUGCCGUUGACUACUAUAAAGCAAAACUAGAGCAGAUAAUUGAAGAAGAAUAUUCAGAAAAGGAUAAAAUCAUGAAGGACCCGAAUGCCAUAGUCCCAGCAGCAUUUGUUUCCUUCAGGUCUCGCUGGGGGGCUGCCGUAUGUGCUCAAACACAACAAUCAGAUGACCCAACUCUGUGGCUUACAGAAUGGGCUCCCGAACCGCGUGAUGUUUACUGGGAAAAUCUCUCGAUACCAUAUGUUCGACUCUCAGCCAAUAGACUGAUAAUAACAGUCUCCAUGUUCUUCCUCACAUUCUUCUUCAUGAUCCCGAUUGCAUUUGUGCAAUCGCUCGCGAGCAUUGAUGGCAUGCAAAAAGUUUUCGUGUUCUUGAGACCACUAUUUAGAAAGAAGCGUGUCAAGGCUGUUGUUCAAGGUUAUCUUCCUGGAAUUGCACUAAAGAUAUUUACGGCUGCUCUUCCAACCAUUCUCAUGAUAAUGUCCAAAAUAGAAGGUCAUUCAUCUCAUUCAGCAAUGGACAGAAGAACAGCUGGAAAGUUCCAUUUUUUUAUACUUGUUAAUAUCUUUUUCGGAAGUAUCAUCACAGGGGCUGCAUUUCAGCAGCUUGAUAAGUUUCUUCAUCAGCCCCCAUCAGAGAUACCGAAAACUGUGGGUGUUGCGAUACCAAUGAAGGCCACUUUCUUUAUCACCUACAUCAUGGUUGAUGGUUGGACAGGUGUUGCUUCAGAGAUCAUUAGACUCGUCCCAUUAAUCAAAUUCCACAUAAAAAACACAUUUUUGGUCAGGACGGAUUGGGACAAGGAACUAGCAAUGGAACCCGGAGCUCUAGAUUUUACCACGGGAGAACCUCAAAUACAGCUAUACUUCUUGCUCGGCCUCGUUUACUCAGUAGUCACUCCUUUAAUCUUGCCUUUCAUCGUUGUCUUCUUCGCCUUUUCCUAUGUAAUCUAUCGCCAUCAGAUCAUCAACGUAUAUAGUCAGAAGUACGAGAGUGGGGCCCGGUUUUGGCCCGAUGUGCAUCGUCGUUUAAUUGUAGGUCUAGUGUUGUCACAACUACUGCUGAUGGGGCUACUGGGCACAAUGAAUGCUGCCAAAUCAACUCCUUUGUUACUUAUACUCACCGUCUUGACCAUAUGGUUUCAUCAAUACUGUAAGGGCCGAUUUGAGCCAGCAUUCAUGAAGUUCCCUCUUCGGGAAGCAACUAGGAAAGACACGAUCGAAAGGACUAAUGAGCCGAAACUAGACCUAAAAGCUUACCUUCAGAAUGCGUACGUUCACCCAGCUAUGAAAGAUAUGGAGAUGGACCAACCGAAAGCCGUGGAUGAUGAGGAGAUUAAUCCACUUGUCCCGACAAAGAGAGGUUCGGAUAGGAGUAGUGUGUCUAGUUCCGGUAGCUUCACGACCGAUUUUAUUGAGGAAAUGAUUGCAUACUUGACUCCUAACCAUGCUGAGGCCUAA